GUAGUCACAUGACCACAAUCAACAUGGCGUUCACAGCGCGGUGAGCCCGUAUUUUGAUAUGGGUCUAGAGUUUUCAAUCCCUCUGCAUCCUUCUUAAAUAUUUAUUUAAGUCUAGGUUUUAAGAUUCAUUGAAGCAUCUUCUGGUUCAUGUGAAUUUCUCUAACACGUGAGUUUGGCUACUUUUAAAGCCUUUUUUUCAAGAGUGGAGGAAUCCUGUAAUGGAAGAGGAGGUAGAGACCAAUGGGAAACGAGAAACAUUUUUACGGGUGCGGGCUAACAGACAAACACGAUUGAAUGUCGAUGUCCUCUGCUGGUGCAGGCGCUCUGGCAAGGAAUGUGUCAAAAGCUCCCCAAAACCUGUGCCCAGCGGUGUGCCCCUAGCCCCUUGCUGCCUACGCCACGCUCGGAUCGGGAAGAUGAAGCGUCGGAAGCCUGAAGAUGGGCAGGUAUGUCCACUGUGCAGCGCCCCGCUGGCAGGGACAGAGGAGGAGAUGAGUAGGCAUGUGGAACAGUGUCUGUUUAAGAGGGAAGGAGUGUGCGGCCCCGAAGACGACUCCGCCGAUGCUGACGGAGAGAACGGAAAUCGCUUUGAGGAAUACGAGUGGUGCGGCCAGAAGAGGGUCCGAGCCACCACCCUACUCGAGGGCGGCUUCAGAGGAACUGGUUUUGCCGUGUGUAGCACAAAGGAGAGCCACGACAGUGACGCAGAUCUGGAUGUGGACGGUGACGACACCCUUGAGUACGGCAAAGCACAAUACACAGAGGCAGAUAUAAUCCCCUGCUCUGGAGAGGACCAAGGCGACACCAAAGAACGGGAGGCGCUGCGGGGAGCCGUGUUAAACGGUGGAAUGCCCUCCAACAGAAUAACGCCCGAGUUCUCCAAAUGGGCCAGUGACGAAAUGCCCUCCACCAGUAACGGCGAGAGCAGCAAGCAGGACCUCAGCUCUCCGUCCACGUCCUCUGCACCCAGGACCUGCAAAAACAGCGAGAUUGAGAAGAUCACAGAGGACUCCACGGCCACCACACUGGAAGCCCUGAAGGCUCGCAUCCGAGAGCUGGAGAAGCAGAUCCUCAGGGGAGACCGUUACAAGUGUCUCAUCUGCAUGAGGAAGCGAUUCCCAGCAGGGCCCGAGGCCAAGAGCGCGACGGCCCCUGGCAGGCGCGGGGGCUCAGAGGCCGUGCCGCUCAGCGUGUACUGCUGGUACAGAGGCUACCUCAAGGCCACCAACAGCAGCAGCAGCAGUGCCAGCGGAGGCAGUGGCACUGGCAGCGGCAGCAGCAUUGGUGGCAGAAGUGGGAUUAAGCAACUGGUCCCGCUUCGUAGGGAUUCCUACACAAUGCCGCUCACCUCCAUCCAAUGCUGGCACGUUCACUGUGAGGAAUGCUGGCUUAGGACUCUGGGAAACAAGAAACUCUGCCCACAAUGCAACACCAUCACGUCGCCAGGGGACCUCAGGAGGGUUUACUUGUGAAGAAACAUGGCUACCGACUGGAUGCUAACUCUUCGCCUCUUCAGUUUUUGUUUCCAAUUUCCACUUGCUCUCAGUGUUUUUUUUUUUCCUCCGUUGUUUUUCUUUUUUGUUUUGUUUUGGUUUUUGGUCUCCAUGAAGGCCCUGGAGGUUUCCCCUCGUUUAUCCAGAUGUAAGAGACAAACUUUUGUCUUUUAAUGAACUUCAGAGGGGAUGACCGAUGAACCAGGCCGCAGGACAGACACUCUUAGGGUCCAUUUUGAGACACAGCAGUCCACUCUGAAUGCCUGCUCUUAAUAAAGAGCGAGCUGCCCUCCUGUGGUGGUCUGUGGUAGAGCACCUGGUACUUCCUGCUCCGCCCUCCUCUAUGCCCUCCCUCCACCCCUUCAUCUCUCGCUGUCUCCCUCUCUGCCGCUCCCCAUCUCUCCUCCGUCUCCACCCCGAUGGAGGAGAAGUCUCUGCUCCCUGCUCCUGCUGCGAUGUCCUCUCUCUCCCCGCCCCACGCCACCACCGCCUGACCACUGAACAAUUAAGGAGGGGGGGAGAACUGAGGGGGGAAAGAAGACAAAAAAAAAAAGAGAAAUAUCAACUUCUGAGCUUUGAAACCAAAUGGACGACUGCUAACCUCCUGUGGGACUCUUCAUCUUUGUCUGUGUUGAGUUACUGCCUCCCUGCAUUUCUUCUUUUGUGGUGUUCUAGUGAAGUCAACCAAAAUUCAAUGAAUCUGUGCAAGCACAUGUAAAAUAGUCUAUGUAUGUUUACAGUGUUGUGAGUAAAUGACAUAGAGAACGCUUGUAUACACACACACACACACACACACACACUCUCACACAUACAUGCAUACAUACACACACAUACACCCCAACACAGAGGUAUAUAUUAAUAAGGUCCAGUUUUAGUUUGGGUGCGGGUGGUAAAUGGGUAGGUUGGGGCCAUGUUAAAAAUCUUUGGGGUUAAAAAAAAACAAAAAAAAAACAUGAAAACCCUCUGUAUUUUUAAACGGAUGUUGUUGUCUUGAGGUUGAAGUUGUAUUUCAUUGUACAGGAAGAAAUUUAAGUAAUAAUAAUAAUAAUAAACUACUCAAACUAGGAAUUAAAAA